GAAAGAAUUAGAACAGAAGUGGAGUAAUUUAGCUCUUGGAACAUUUAGUGAAAAUCAUUUCCAUUCACCUACGCCUUCACAUAAUUAAAAAUAUUAAUUUUUAAAAUGGAAUUACCACAAUUAGGGAAACAAUGUAGUGUAGAAUCUUGUAAACAAAAUGAUUUUUUAAUCCAUACUUGUACACAUUGUUCCUUAGAAUUUUGUAAAUUACAUUUUCACGUUUCAUCACAUAAUUGCUCCAAGUGCAAAGAUAAUGUCGUCGAAAAAUUGGAUAGUGCCACUUUUGAUAAAUAUAUCUGUACUUAUAAAUCUUGUAACAGUAGUUCAAUUAUUGAAAUGAUUUGUACUGAAUGUAAAAAAUACUUCUGCUUAAGCCAUCGACACCAUGGAUGUUUUGAAAAAACAGAUGAAGAAAUCUCUAAUGAGUUAAAAGCGUGGCAAGAACCUAAAGAUCAAUUUUCAAUCGCUAAAAAUGUUGUAGACACUCAAAUUGCCGAAAAAAGUAAAAAAUCUAAAAAUUCUGCAUUAGCACAAAAGGUACAGUUAAUGAAGUUAAAAGGACGCGCAACAGGAUCAAAUAAUAUUCCUUUAGUACAUCGUAAAUAUUUUCUCAUUUAUCCACCGCUUAAAGUUGCUAAAAAAGAGCCUCGUGCUGUCUUUAUAAGUGAUGAUUGGACAAUUGGAAAAAGCAUUGAUUCAAUUGCUGAUAUUAUCGGAAUAAAUAAUACUAAUAAUACAUCAAAUCCAAUAAAAUUGAAGCUGUUUAAUCAUUUGAAUGGUCAAGUUAUAAUUAAUAAAAUGGAUAUUCUAGUAUCAAGUUUAUUGAAUGAUAAUAUUUUAUCGGACGGUCAAAGUUUGAUUUUAGAAUACUCCAAAGAGGAUACUAUCGAUUACACCUUAUACAAAUAAUGUUUUUUCUUUUUUAAAUAAGUUUGACAUUGUUUAAAAUAAUUAACAUAUGUAUUUUUGAACAUUUCUUUAUUAUAUCUUUUGGAAGUUGUACUUUUUAUGGAGUAAUUAUGAAUUCUUAUUUCACAUAAUAUAAACAUCAUUACAUAAUAAAAUUAAAGUAUGCUCAUUUGCAUAACCUUUCGUCUCAAAAAGUAAAAA